GUCGACAGGCAAGGGGCCGUUCCACAAGACGCACUCUUGCCGCAGUACCGCCGUGUGUCGCACGCGUUACACAGUACACACUCAAACAACGGUCCGCGAAAAGUGUUUUUGUUUGAAAUUUUUUUCUUUCAACCGUCACCACGUGCGACAGAAAAGCCGCGGACAGGACGUUACAGAGUAAUUAUUACACCGAGACAAUUAACGUCACCGUACGACUCGCGAUAAUGACGGACGCGAUAAUGGAGUUGACAUCGUACCGGACGCUGGUGAAGCGUGCUCUGAGCCUCGGCCUGCCCGGCAAUCUAAAGAAAGACGAGUAUGUUGAAUUAUUGAGUUUACACCAAAUGGGAUUUGACUACGAGUCUAAACGUUUGGCACAUAUAAUGAAAACGAAAAGACAGACCUCGAGACAGACCAUGAAAAGAAACAAUACCAAGAAGUUGGUAAAAAAGCGGUCAGUUGGUAGACCUCGAAAAUCAAAAAUCAAAUAUGAAGAGUUGUCUUCUGAAGAAACAUCAUUAGAGAGUAUAAAAAUGCUUAAUCAAGUAGCUACUAGUAUAUCAGUUGAAAAAGCUCAAAGUCGUUCAACUGUUAGACCACCAAAGAAUAAUUCUCGAGCUAAUUCCGAAGUUCAUGUAUCCUCUUCCAGCUGUAUGGAAAACAUUGUCUAUCAACCUCCAAUUGCAAAGACUACAAGUGCACUUCUGAGAAAUAUGUUGCUUUCAACUGAUAGAACUAGGUUUAAUAGAUCUACGACGAAUAAUUGUCUUACUAUCUCAAACAAUAACAAUACAUAUUGUAACUAUUAUCAGUUGGAUAAAUCAAAACCCUUAAAUCUAGAAGUUUCACAUAGAACUUCAUCAUUAGCUGAAAAUUUGUGCCGAAGUAAAUGGAAAAACAGCAAUAAAAAAUUGAACAUACCUAUAAAAGAAAUUAAAUCAUCUGUAUCUGGAAAUAGUUACCUACCUAACCUUCAAGCUUUUCCUGAUAUUCCACAAUUGGCUGAUGUCGAUAUUAAUGCGAGUUUUGAGCUAGAUAAUUCUAACUAUAGCACACAUGAUCAAACUGAUACAGAAACAGUGCUAUGUGUUGAUGACUCUGAUACUUUGAGUAAUGAGUCUGCAGAAAACAUAGAACAAGAACAGCAAGAGUUUGAUCAACGUUGGGCUAUGUCAGUUCGUAUGGAAAAUGGAGAAUUGUCAACACCACUUGUUAAUUGUGAAACAUUUAAUUCACUAGAUGAUGUUUCUUUGUUGGGGCCACAAGAUACAGCAUUAGUACAAAAUGAUGUUAUACAAAAUUACAUUGAAACAAAUGAUGUCCAGUUUAUGCAACUACCAGAUUCCAGUUGUGAAGUGAUUAGAACUUUGCAGUACUAUGAGUCAAGAUUAUUAACAAGUCCUUGGUCUAUUCCAGAACAUUUACAGAAUCAUAAUGAGUCUAUUUUAAACCAACAAUCAGGGCAUAAUGAACAAUUAAAUACAACGGCAUCAAAUCAUACUUUAGCGGAAUUUGCAAACAUGCUUCCUUGUCCAAUUGCUGGUUGCUUAUGGUAUUCACAUUCUGCAACUUUAUAUGUUCAUUUAUUUACAUGUCACCAAGAAAUGAUAUACUACGGAAAUUCAAUUGCACAUGUGUUCAGGUGUCAAGAUAUUCAAAAUUUUUGUUUUUUUACCCAUUUACAAUUCGUACAAAAUACUAUUUAUAUAAUCACAGUUGCUUUUGAUGGCUACAGUCACACAUUUGUUGCCACCAUUCAGCAUGUUUCGUCAUAUGGUGACAAUACAAGUGCUUCGCAAACUACAGCUAUACUGACCGCUAGUUCUCUAUGUAACGAUACUGAUCAACAUUCGUGGAGUGGUCCAGUACAGCCUUACAGUGUUCCAUUAGAUGUACUUCAUGCUGAUGGUAGAUGUUUAUUUAUUGACCCUACCAAUUCUGAACAAAUGAUAAUUAAUGUUAAUUUAACAGUGCCAUUGGUUUAUUCAAAUGAUUCAAUGUUUGCCUGUUUAUGAUUAUUAUAUUUGUAUUAUUUAUCAUACUCUAUAGUAUUUAUAUAGUAUCCAGAGCUCUAAGUUUUUAUGUUUUACAAAACAUUUUUGUUACAUGUUUAUGUUUAAUUGUUUUACCUUGUUGUUAAUUUAUAAUUAUUUAACUUUUUUUGUUGAUAAGGUACAAACUGUUUAAUAUAUAAAUUAUUAUUAUUAAAUGGUUAGUAUGAGAAAUAUUACCUUUAUAUAGAACAGCAUAUGAUACUAUUGUGUCUCUUAUACAAAUGCUUAAUUAUUUUACUUUUUAUUACAGUUAAUUACAUUAUUUAUGUUAUAAUUUUCUCUUUACCAUUUAAACAUUAAGUUCAAAAUUAAAAAUUAAACACCAAUAAUUAUUAUGUUUAUUAAUAUAAGUAAUUGAGUUUGAUAUCCAUUUAUAGUUUUUUCCCCAAUACUUUGAAGUAUGAU